AUGCAAGCGGAGCAUGUGGUGCCUCGUGCUGAAGGAAGUCAUUGGAACAUGCCAGCAUUGCGGAACACGACUGAUCGUCUGCAUCAUGCGCCAAUGGGCAGGUUCGACAAAGAGGAACCACAAUAUCCUACGCCAGAACCGAAGCGAGAUUCCACCACCGUGAUAACAGGCUCGUCCACUACCACUCCGUUACCAGCUUUUCGCCCGUACAUCGGCCCGGAGCAGAUCACAGGCAGUCAUAUGGCUCGAGAAGUGUACAACAUCAGACAUCAUGGGAAACCGCGCUUUGUAAAAAUAGAUCUCCUCAAUGAAUAG